AUGUCGGAGACCGCACUAGGCAACCCAGAACCUCUCCCGUGCUCGGUUCAAACAAAGCAAGCAGAGGGGGACGGGUUGCCUUGGGCCUUUCUGUUACUCGGUGCCGUUCCUUUUACCCUUGUCAAUUCCUUCGUCGCUGUACACCACCCGCAAAGCUUGCUCGCCAGGAUCGGAUGUAGCGAUUCUGCUAAUUUUGUAUGCGUCAAUCCUCAUAGGAACCAUUUUGGAGCGUCUGCGUUGCCAUUCACCUUGCCGACAACGAUUUCGAGUACCGUCUUGCGCUACAAUGCGUACGACGACUGGCGAUCCGAUGCCGUUGUCCCUACCGUGACCUUGACGGAAGAGAAUAUUCAGGAAUGCCUCGAAACUCUGGUUCAGAGCAAUUACGGACAAACAAUGUUUGGUUGCCACGAACGGCCAGCUUCGGUUGGCAUUACUGGUCGCGUAGAAUUGGUAGAGCUGCAGGGUCCCGAGGUUGUACUCCGAUUGGAAGGUUCCUUUUGGCAUCGACGCGAAACCGUCUUGGGGAGAGCUGCGGUAUGGUUAAAUGCCUGUAUGCCAGAACUGAUCCAAGUGCGUGUGGAUGAUCUAGAAGAAUUGGAAGAUUUUGAAGACGUUCGGGACGAAUUCACCGGAGAGCUCUUGGCCGUACGAGACAAACGAGCUCCAGAUUUCAACGGGGAUCGGCAAACCAUGGAAUACCAAGGUAUUGAUCCGGACGUGCGUGGACCGUUUCCCCCCGGCGUCGGUGGCGCCUUUACCAUUAAUCCAGCAUAA